UUAUUCACGUGGGACCGCUCACGCACAUGUGUAAACAAGAAGCUGGGUAACUGGUGGAAGGGGUAACGUUAACAUAGCCGAUGUGCUGGUGUUAGUCACCGUUUAUAUAAGAUUUAUAAACUACAAAAUAGCGCUUCACACAUAUUGUUUGAUCCAAAAUGGCGUCAUCUGAGCAACACGACAGCGAGGACGGCAUGGACGAGUUCAUGGACAAAUUCAAGAUCCAUAAUUAUAAAAAUGCCUUCAGUGAAGACAACUGGCAGGAGGAGUUUGACAAAAUACCUAUGUUCAUGAAAGAAGCCCCUGAAGAGAUUGACCCACAGAAAUACCCCGAGCUAGCUUGUCUUCAGGCCAUUAUCCACGACGAAGACAGACCCCCAGAAGAGCAAGCAAGGAGCCUGAAAGAUGAGGGGAAUGCGUUUUUCCAGGAGAAGAACUACAAGAAGGCCAUACUGUCCUACACGGCGGGGUUGAAGAAGAAAUGUGGAAACCAGGAGCUGGACACAGUCCUCCUCACGAACCGGGCUGCGGCACACUUUCACCUCGGUAACAUGCGCUCUGCGUUGAACGAUGCUGGAGCUGCAAAGAAGAUUAAACCAGACCAUCUUAAAGCCUUAACCAGAGGUGCUCAGAGUUGUAUAGAGCUGCGUAACUUUGCAGAGGCCGUCCAGUGGUGUGACGAAGGGCUCAAGCUUCAUCCCACCGACAAAAAGCUGCAGGAGCUGAGAGCAGUAGCAGAUAAACACAAAAGAGCAACAGAGAGAGAUGCCAGGAAGGCCAAGAUCAAAGAAAAAAAGCUGCAUGCUGAGAAAGAAGCUCUUCUGACUGCUAUAAAGGAUCGGGGCAUCAAGCUCUUCCAGUCUGUGAAGCCUCGUCCGGGCGGUUCAGACCGCCAGGAUGAGGACGAGGGCUCCUCAGCAGCGAUAUCCCAGCUGAACCUGGAUGGCCUCAGCUCUCAGGAGGCCACGGGGGCUCAGGUCUUCCUGGAUGAGCAGCGCUCUCUGCACUGGCCUGUUCUUUUCCUCUAUCCUGAACACCAGCAGACGGAUUUCAUCUCUGCUUUCUCAGAGAACAACUGUUUCAUAGACCACUUGGCAGUGAUGUUUGGAGAAGAACUUCCACCGUGGGACGUGGACAGAAAAUACCACCCAAACAAUUUGCAGCUGUACUUUGAAGAUGAGGAGAAGGACACAUUCUACCAAGUAAACCCAGAGACGUCACUUCUAAAGGUGUUGCAGCAUAAAAGGUUUUUUGUCAAGUCAGGCACUCCCAGCAUCAUCGUUCUGGUUCGGAGUUCGUCAUUCUGGAAGCAGUUUUUAACAGGAAAGAAAAUACGAGGGUUGUAAAAACAUUGGCCUUCAAAUCUUGGUACUUUAAUAUUUAACUUCAGUGGACUGUGUUUGCCCUUGAAAGAGACAUAAUGGAAGCUAUGCAUGUCUGGACACAUUGUUUGACAUUAAAUAUCAAUAAUAAAUAAAUAUAUUUGAAUAUAAAAUAAAUCUAAUCUGUGGAAUAUUUGUGCUUCUUUCUGUAGAAAGAAUGAAUACAUUAUUCACAAACAAAAUGACCAAACUAUUGAUCAGAACACAGAUUAAAAUGCCUUCUGAGGCACAUUUCUGCAUUGUGAUAUUGGACUAUACAAA